AUGCACAAUGACGAGCCCCUCGAGCUGGAAGCCCUGGCCAGCACUAUCCAAGCCAGAUUAACCAAAGUACACACCUUGGGCCGUUAUAGGAAGCAAGACCCGCAGUCGCCCACGACCUCGCUCUCGUCCUCGACUUCGUCCUCGACUUCGUCCUCGACUUCGUCCUCGACUUCGACUUCGGCUUCGUCCUCGACUUCGACUUCGUCGGAAAUCGUUCAGCAGCUUCGACGUCCGUUGAGGUUCCGCAUCAAUCCAUUCAUUCUGUUGAAAGGUCACCAGUUUGAGCGCAUCAGGGAGGUUCUGGAGCUCAACGCAUUCGAGCUGGCCGCCGGCAAGAAAACUAAGGUUUCCGCAAAGAGGGUCUUCAUGCGAGUGUGGCAUCAGGUUUCCUUCAUGGAUAACCAGCCACCCUCCCGCCCGCUCCAACUGGAACCAUUUAAGCCCGAAGAGUCCGAAGAGAGUGACGAGCAGCAGCUCUUCAAGUUGCGCAAGGUGGAGACAUGCUACGACCUGUCCCGUGUGGGCAUUGAGCCACCAGCCACAGGCCCUGAGCAACAGGGUGGAUCCUCUGACGAUGGGGGCGAGGCAGCCACUUCCACUUCCACUGCCACUGCCACUGCCACUAAGCCAACAGUGUUCGAAGCCAUGGAAGACGAAGACGAGUCCAUGGACGAGCUGGUGGAUUAG